UAUUCGAAUUUCUAUAUUACGUUCAUUAUUUUAUUUAUGUACAAAUUUCUUGAUAAAUAAUAAAAAUGUCUACUAUUAUAUGUUUUGUAUGCCAUAGCGCUGAAUUGUGUGAUCUAAAUGAUGAAAUAUCGGAUAAAUUUAAAGAUAUAAUCGGAAUUGAUAUUUUACCUGACUAUGGUUUGUGUUAUAUUUGUCAUCACUUGUUAAAGAAACUUUGGAUUUUCAAGUGUAUUUGCAAACAACGGCUUUACCAAGAACCUACAAUUUUCAGAGAAAUUAAUGUAUAUAAAUAUUUGGAGAGUGAAGUUCAAAUACACACAUUAGGCUGUGAAGAUAGUGAAAAUCAAUUUGAAUCUAUCAAUAAUGAUUAUUAUUAUAUUUAUAAUGAUAACGAAGAUACUGAUAAUGAAGCUAAUGAACCCAACAAUAUAGAAACUGAACAAGAAUUACCUGAAAAUAUAUCAAAUGUAAUAGCUGAUGAUAAUAUUGAAUUGAAUGAUGAAUCUUUUGAUGAUAACCAAACGGAUAAUAUUGAGGAAUUAAUAAACAAUGACUCAUCAAUACAGACAAAAAAGAAAAAGUCAAAAAAGAAAAAAAAGGAGUUUGAGAAGAUAAUUUUAAGUUUAGAAGAACAGAAGGCAGAAUUAGAAUGGAAUAGGAAACAGAAGAAGUAUAUAGAAGCAGAGUUUAAAUGUUAUAAUUGUGCAUUGGGGUUUCUGUUCAAGGAUACCUACCAAGCUCAUAUGAUGAGGCAUGAAGAGUCGAACGGCGAGUUUCGAUGUGAAACCUGCACGCUGAGGUUUGCGAGCGCGCGCGUGCUGCGUGUCCACGUGGCGGCGCACGCGUGCCGGCUGCGGUGCGCGCGCUGCGCACGUGCGAUGUGCCUGCCCGCACGUGGCCGCGCGCCGCGCUGCACGUGCAGCACGUGCAGCACGUACAGCCCGCGGCCUGUACAUCGCGGCGACCCUCGCGCCUGUCACCUCUGUGGAGCCGUCUUCAGAGAGGCCAGCGGAUUACAACAACAUUUAAGGCGGUUCCAUCAGGCGAACGCCAGCAAACGGAAUUACUCGUGCAGCGUUUGCGGCAAGAGUUACGCCAACCAAGCAGCUGUCAGGACGCAUAUGAUUACCCACAUCCGGCGGAAAUUCAACUGCGACCAGUGCUCAUCAACCUUCAAAAGUCCAUACACUCUGACCCAGCAUAAAAAGAAGCACAACCCUGGUGAAACGGCCAUGUUCUUCUGCGAGACUUGCAGUGUCAGUUACUCAAGUAAGAAGAGUCUGCUAGCUCAUAGAAGAAACUCUAUUAAUCAUCAGGAAAGUGUUCCAGAAUGCCCGAUCUGCGGCAAGAUCUGCCCCAACCAGCGUUCCCUGACCAACCACAUCGCUGGAGUCCACUCCUCGACGAAGAACUACUGGUGCCCUCGAUGCCCAGCCCGGUACACCACCAGAAAGUCGUUGGUGCGGCAUGUGAGGAACCAUGAUGCGCCUGAACAGCAUCAGGUAGCUGUGUGUCAUCUGUGUGGACUCAGUUUCAAGGGAAAAAGCAAAUUGAACCGGCAUUUGCGAGAAGUUUGUGAGAAGCAGAAGCUGGAGGAAGAAUUAUCUUCUUAUUAUGAACAAGAUGACAUUAUUAAUUAAUAAUAUUAAAG